UUUUAUAAUAAGUUAGGUUAUAAAAUUUAGUUUUGUGAAUUUGUGAUCUGUUAUUUUAGGUAUUUAAUAAAUUACAAAACAAAUGAGAAAAUUAUUAAUCAUAACUUACAUUAUUAUUGAAUAGAGUUAACCAGGAAAAUGCCAGGGUGGUAUUUUAAUAAAAAAGAACUGAAAAAUACACCUUCAUCUCAAGAUGGAAUCGACUAUAAGACUGAAAUGCGAUAUCGUAAAGAAGGUGCCAGGCUGAUCAUAGAUACUGGUACAAAAAUGGAUUUAGGAUACAAUACAAUGGCAACUGGUGUAGUUUAUUACCACAGAUUUUACAUGUUUCAUUCCUUUAAACAGUUUCCUAGAUAUGUCACUGCCUGUUGUUGUUUAUUCCUGGCUGGAAAGGUGGAGGAAACGCCAAAGAAAUGUAAAGACAUUAUAAAAACUGCCAGAGGCUUACUUAAUGAUCAUAAAUUUGCAACAUUUGGAGAGGACCCAAAGGAAGAGGUGAUGACUUUAGAAAGAAUUUUACUUCAAACAAUCAAAUUUGAUUUACAAGUAGAACAUCCUUAUCAGUACCUGUUAAAAUAUGCAAAAUGUCUAAAAGGUGACAAAGGUAAAUUGCAAAAGAUGGUUCAAAUGGCUUGGACCUUUGUAAAUGACAGUUUAUGUACCACAUUAUGCCUCCAGUGGGAACCUGAAAUAAUUGCUGUAGCAUUAAUGUACUUGGCUGGAAAACUUAGUAAAUUUGAAGUUAUAGACUGGAUAGGCAGGCAUUCUAAACAUUGCAGAUGGUGGGACAUGUUUGUAGAAGAUGUUACCAUGGAUCUAUUAGAGGACAUAUGUCAUCAGGUUUUGGAUUUAUAUUCGCAAUCAGAUACAAAUCCUCCAGACAGUCCACCAAUGGCACAAAAAGGUCCACAAACACCAUCACCAAUACCAAGAGCUUCAAAUGGUCACGAAAAACCUUCUUCGCCUGAACAGCCCCCUCCGAUGGUCAAAAUACCACCUCAUUCAGAAGUGCCCCAAUUUCCUUACCAAACUUUUACUUGUGGCCCCCCACCUACGGCUGUAUAUCCUACUCCAGUUCCAACAUUCUCCGCACCUCCAACCACACAUCCACCUCAUCUAACAGGUCCUCCACCUGGACCACCUCCUCACAUUAGCGCUCCUCCACCAAACGUGUUUCCAUCAUUUGUAAACCAUCCUCCACCAUUUGCUCCUCCACCUGUAGUUCCUACUGCAGCUCCUCCACCAUUUUUCCCUGCAAAUGCUCCUCCUCCGAAUCAACCUCCACCACACAGGCCAUUCUAUGCGCCUCCUACGUAGUUUCCAUUUUCCUAAUUUUAUAGAAUAAACAAUUAGGAAUAGGCCCUAAUGUUUUCUAAUUUAAGGGUUCCAUUUUUCACAAUUUGACCAGAUUUAGACAAUUUAUUGCAUUUUGACGUUUGAAGUUUGCGAUUUUGUGACACCACGUGAUCAAUAUUACAGUCUGGAACAUCUGGAAUUACUGAGUUACGUAGUAUUGGUAUAAACUUACAGAUGUUUGAAAUGUGUCGAAUACGUUUUAAAUAUCUUAAAUUAAGUAUUAUACUAAAAUCACCAUAAAGAUGCAUCAGAAAUAAACAAACCAAGACACGUUGAAUGUUACGAUGAGCACUCCCGAAUCAUGAUCUACAACGUAUAAACUUUGUAAAUCAUGAUUUGGGUUUUACAAUGUAUACAGGGUGUCCCCGAAAAUAGUGCGUUUCUUUAAGGUAUGGAUAUAAUACACAAUUUAGAACAAAAAAGUCCUAUAACAUGUUUUUCUAAAGUUAACCGUUUACAAGAAAAAAAUUACAUUGUUCUCCAAAUAAGUGAAUUUUUAUUUUCAUAAAUCUGAAUGACAUGGCAACGUAGCCUAGAAUAACUUGCUGUGAUUGUGGAAAUUUAACCUAAUAACCCUUUGUUUAUUUACUUUGAGGUGUUAUUUUUGGGGUUGUUGACAUCGUAGAUACCUACCUGCAAAAUAAUAAUAUGGGUUUGGUUGAUAUUUACAUUAUUUUACCAACCAGAUGCAACUGACCUACAAACCUACUUUUUUAAUCUCUAGAUUUUUGAGUUGCGCGUUGUUGCCAGACUUCAAUUUGCAUAUCAAAAUGUAUUUUCGUUUUUUGGUCAAACGGAUCAAUUUAGAAAAAAAUGUUGUCUUUUUUGCUCUACAUUGUGCCUUCUACUUAUACCUUUAAGGAACGCACUAUUUUCGGGGACACCCUGUAUACAUUGUAAAUUAUGAUUUGGGAGUGUUCCUCCUAACAUUCAACGUAUCUUGGUUUGUUUAUUUCUAGUGCAUCUUUAUUGUGAUUGUAGUAUAGGUACUUUAGUUUUAAGAUGUGAUAUUUUUUACUAAUGUAAAAAAUGGUUGCUUCAAACAUUGAAUUUUUUGUUAUUUUGUAAAUUUCAUAAAUUAUUUUAAAACAUAAAUGGGAGAUAUAUCUUGUAUGAUACAAAUGUAUUAUCAAUAUAUUUUUAUCAAAA